AUAGGCAGCAUAUGCUGUGUUCUAUGUGGACAGCAACUCUGUUUGGUUUUUGAGACACUUUAUGUGUGCACAUGGACCCUUGUUUUGGAGAGCGGCACUAACAGCUGUCCAAAAACCCUCCGCCAUGAUACCGUAACCGCAAAUCCUGAACCAGCGAAUACAUUAAAGCCCAAAGUGAGACGCACAGCGGACUUCAGGAGUUGGUAUGCUAUUGGAGUGGUCUAGGGAUGCCCAAGGAGAAAUAUGACCCACCUGAUACCAGGCGGAUGUACACUAUCAUGUCCAGUGAGGAGGCAAACAGUGGGAAAAAGUCCAACUGGGAUGCACUUGAAAUAACUGGUAAUGUCCGCAGUCUUAGCUCAGCCCUUUGGUCUCUCACCCACCUCACUGCUCUGCACCUCUGUGACAACGCUCUGUCACGCAUCCCACCUGACAUUGCCAAGCUGCACAACCUUGUGUUCUUGGACCUGUCAUCCAAUAAGAUCAGGAGCCUGCCAGCAGAGCUUGGCAACAUGGUGUCUCUCAGGGAACUGCUUUUAAAUAACAACCAGUUGCGGAUUCUGCCUUUCGAAUUGGGGAAACUGUUUCAGUUACAAACACUGGGGUUGAAAGGCAAUCCACUUACUCAAGAAAUUAUGAGCCUCUACCAGGAGCCAGAUGGCACCCGCCGACUGCUGAACUACUUUUUGGACAAUCUUGCUGGUGCUAUCAAGCGCAUCCCAACAGAGCAACCUCCGUCCAGGAACUGGAUUGUGCUGGAGGAGCCUGAUAGGACACGACCAACAGCCCAUUUAACAGUAAUGUGCUACAAUGUGCUGUGUGAUAAGUACGCCACACGCCAGCUCUACGGCUACUGCCCUUCCUGGGCCCUUAACUGGAGCUACAGGAAAAAGGCCAUUAUGCAGGAGAUCCUCAGCUGCAAUGCAGACAUUAUAAGCUUACAGGAAGUGGAGACAGAACAGUAUUACAACUACUUCCUUGUGGAGCUGAAUAAACAGGGAUAUGAUGGAUUCUUCAGCCCGAAGUCCCGUGCCAGAACCAUGUCUGAAUCCGACAGGAAACAUGUAGAUGGGUGUGCAAUAUUCUACAAGACGGAAAAGUUCAGCGUUGUGCAGAAACACACAGUCGAGUUUAACCAGCUGGCUAUGGCCAAUUCUGAGGGCUCGGAGGCUAUGUUAAAUCGGGUCAUGACCAAGGACAACAUCGGGGUGGCUGUGUUGCUGGAGCUAAAGAAGGAGAUAAUGGAGGUGUCAUGUAAGUCCCUUCAUGGUAUGGAGAAACAGCUCCUACUAGUGGCAAAUGCUCACAUGCACUGGGACCCAGAGUACUCUGAUGUGAAGCUGGUGCAGACCAUGAUGUUCCUGUCAGAGGUGAAGAAUAUCAUAGACAAGGCCUCUCGCAGUCUGAAGCUCUCCUCUGUGUCUGGAGAAACCAAUGGCAUUCCUCUGGUGCUGUGUGCUGAUCUCAACUCACUUCCUGACUCAGGUGUAGUGGAGUACCUGAGCACAGGUGGGGUGGACUGCACACAUAAAGACUUCAAGGAGCUGCGCUACAGUGACAGCCUGACCAACUUCAACUGCAAUGGCAAGAACAGCACGUCUAAUGGACGGAUCACGCACGGUUUCAAGCUGAAGAGUGCCUAUGAAAACAGGCUCAUGCCUUACACCAAUUACACUUUUGACUUCAAGGGUGUCAUUGACUACAUCUUCUACUCCAAGCCACAACUGAACGUGCUGGGCGUCCUGGGACCCUUGGAGACAGACUGGCUCCUGGAGAACAAUAUUAGUGGUUGCCCACACCCCCACAUCCCCUCCGAUCACUUUUCCCUGUUUGCACAACUGGAGUUGGUCCUGCCUUAUCCUCCCUCUCUCAAUGGCGUUCACUUACCUGGACGCAGGUAGUGAGUCCUCCAGCCACUGGUGGCGCUGCAGAUUCCCAGCUCUCACAAGUUUUUCUGGAAACAUACUGAAAACGACAAAACCUCUAAGCAAUUUCUUUUUAUAUAUUUUUGUUUAGUUUUUCUCUUCUACCUUUAGUCAUUUUUAGGGUCCAAACAUAAUUAUAUUUGUCAGGGAGUUUUUUUUUAUUUUUAUUUGUUUAGCUAUAAAUCUUUUUUUAUUGGCAUAGUAUAGAAAGAUUUUUGGUAAAUCACUCCCUCCCAUAGGCUGAUAUGUAUUUUCUUUUUUUUUUUUUUAAUUGUUGGGCAUAACAAAUGUGUGCAAUUUUUGUACAGACUGUAACAUGAGGGGAACACGCUUGGUCACUCACUCAAAGGGAUUACAGAUAUAUUUAAUGUCAGACCUUAAAGUGAUAGUUCACUUAGAAAUAAAAAAUGGUUAUCAUUAACUCAUCCUGGUGUUGAUCCAAAACCACAUGUCUUCUUUCUUCAUUGGAACACACAAAAAAAGGAAAUGUUAUUAGUCUCGGUCACCAUUCACUUUUAUUGCAUCUUUUUUCUAUACAGUGAAAAUGAGUGGUGACUGAGGCUGUCAAUGACUGAGUGGUUUGGAAUGACAAAAGGGUGAGUAAAUUAUGACAAAAUUUUCAUUUUUAGGUGCAUUAUACCUUUAAUAUGAAAAAAAACAGCAGUUAUAAUUCUGUGUCUGCAAUCAAUCGUUAAGUUCUCUUUCCCUCCAAGAACUUAAAUUCACGUAGGCGCAAUAUAAUCUGCCGUCUUUAUAUAUUCAACAUUAUAUGCAUCUUCAAAAACAUUUGUCAAAGUUUGCACUUGUAAAGGACAGCUUUUCAAAGGGUGCUUUGCUUGCAGUUCUAUUUCACUUCAUAUACAUUUGUGUGACCCACAGUUGAAUGAGUGACCAAUGUGUCUUGCAGACCAAACCAGAAGUGUAGGAGAGUGGAGGCUGGAGAGCUUUUCCACUUGUGUGGUGCUCAAACUCAUUUUACAUCGGUGCUGCAUCUCCUGAUGUUUUAUUCUCCCAUCAAUGGUGCAAUAUUCUGAACAGUCUAGACAUGCUAAGCUUGCACACAGUUAUGGAAUGUUUUUAACAAGCUUUUAGUCAAAUAAAAAGCACUUAUUCUUUCUCUCUCCCUCCGUGUUCAGGUGGGAGUUUGAAAGGUGUUCGCUUAAUUGCGCUUAAUGUAAACCAAAUGAUUUUAAUUGGCUCAAUUCAGCGGCACUGCUUUUUGCACACUAUUGUUUUAACCUGUUCUACGGAGGCAGGCUCUCUUUGGUUCUUUGUAUGUUAGGCUAUUGAUCUCACUGUGGUUAUUAACAGGAGUUUUAUUUAGAAAGGGAGGUUUUAUAUGAGAAGACUAACCAGGGAGUCUUUUAACCAGCAAUUUCUCAUUGUAAUGGACUGAAAAGGAUUUCCCAUACAUUGUUCAUUCUCUCACCACACACACACACUCAAAAGAACUUUAGCACUGUUCUUGAGGCUAGUCGUGUUGUGACCUAGCCGUAAAUCCCCCUAAAUUGUAUCAGAGGGGUCCUCCCAGGUCUUUGUACAAGUUUAAUCAAAUAUAUAAACUGAUUUAGGCUUGACUUGAUUGUAUAUGAGCCACAUGCAAGAAAAGGUUUUUUUUUAGACGUGUUUUGUACUAAGAAUAAAUUAUGAUCCAAAUUCAAAAUAAGAUUGUAUUGUAAGCUACAUUUGUAUCAAAAAUAAUCAAUCUUACCAGCUUGUAUAAAAGACAAAGAGGUUGUUAUUGGUUCUCGCAGCCAUACUUUUGCACUCAUCACUCCUUUUGCACUGCAUUUUGUUUUUCUAAAGUAAUUUAUUUCCUUUUGUAACUUCGAGAGCACAUUCUUCAGUAUCCGUAUAGCUUUGAAUUGCAGUUUUGCCCAUCCAAUCAUCCAUUUCAAGCGUAUUUUAGUGUGACGUUUAGCUGUGGUACACUUUUUGGAGGUGCAAGAGUUGUAAGCCAUUAGGUGUAGGACGACAUCUUUAAUUAGCUGCAUUUUAUGCCAGAUUUGUAAACAGAAAUUUUCAAAAUGUCACACCAAACAUUUUAACGUCCAGGCUAUUUUGUAUAAUCCAUUGUGCUUUGAUACUCCAUCUCUGUCCAGAAUAUCUCUUAAAUGGCUGUAAUUGUUCCUGUGUGGUGCCAGCUUGGUGCAUUCUUCUGUGAAACUAAUUGUAAAAGUUAGGUUUACCCCUAUUUUUUAUUUUAUCUAUAACUUGAGUUGUGAGCCUUUGGACCAAAAUAUAAUCUUAAGACAUGUAAAUGCUACCUUACAGUAGUCUAUUUGUGGUGUUUUAGCACUUGAUGUAUUUUGGUUCAGUAUGAUCAUCACAUGUUCGACUUGUCAUAAAUCUGUCCCCACCCCCCACUAUGCAGCAGUAUCAAUUUUAAACCUUUCUUUAAUGGUAAGAACCAGAACAGUCACUUGUUAUUUGGGGCCUCUUCACUAUAUUCUCUAAGUUUUGUUUUGUCUUCUUAAAUGACCAUGAAUUGUUAAUGGUAUUAAAGUAGAAAUGAGAUUAGCUUUUUGUAAAUUGUGAAUAAAAUGUGUAUUGUAUAUUUCCUUUCUACAAAACAUAUAAAUUGUGGUGUGUGUGUGUGUGUAUAUAUAUAUGUAUAUAUGUAUAUAUAUAAUGAAUUCUCCUGCAUUAUUUCUGUCUUGUUUUUAGAGUUUGUCUAUCACAAACACUAUUAUUUGUCCUAAAUCAAGUUUGCUCCUCAGAUGUUGCAAUAGAAAGACACAAAGUAGUUUCCAUACCCACAAAUGUUCAGUCUUGCUUUGUUAGUGGCCUUGUGCUGUCGUGUACAGACAGGAUAGUUUUCGUGCAGUUUAAUGUCGUGAUUGAGAGCAUGUUGACGCGUGCGGUUAGACAAUGGAGAUGGUGUCAUUUAAAGUAACUGUACACUCAAGUAUUUUAAUUAAUAUCUGCAUUUGAGUAAUUAUUAAGUGGUUGUCCCUGAAGUUUGCUGCUUAAAGUGACAGAAGUAUUUGAAUUGCCCAUCUAGGUACUGGAGACUAAUUUCUGAGACCUCAUUCUCACAGACAUAGACCUUAAAGAUGAAGUGUGUCACUUUUUCAUUGUUAAAAUACUUUCAAUGCAGAGAAAAAUUGAUGCAAGCCUUUUAUAGCUUGAUUCCCUUGGCGAAAAAAGUAAAAAAAAUUAUGAAUGGCCAGACAGCAACACUGACUCCAUCAGUAGCAUAAAUUUGGGGCAGGAUUACUUUACCCUUUAUAUUAUAACCAGUGUUGGGUUAGUUACUCAAAAUAAGUAAUCAACUACAAAUUACUAAUUACUUCUCUAAAAUGUAAUUAUUUUUCUUUACUGAUUACUUUAUCUAAAAAGUUCACAUUACUAAUUAAUAAGUUACUUUCUAAAUCACUUUUCCUAGAAAAGUUUUUGGUUUUUCGCUCAAAUUCAAAAUAUAUAUUUCCUCGUCAAUUAUUGUCACACACCCUUCAGCUGUCACAGAAAUGCUAACGGAUGUACAUAUGAAUUCAUAUAUAAUAAAUGUAUUAUACAUAUUACUUUAAUGCAAGUAAUGUACUAAAAAUUAAAUAAUUGAAUGUCAGUAACUAAUCUGAUUACAAGAAUUUAAAAUGUAAUGUUAUACUACUUUGUUGACUAAAAAGUAAUUAGAUUACAGUAUCCUAAUUUUUGAUACUGAAAUCCUACUGCAAUAAAACUGAAAAUAGAUUAGCUGGAGCUUUUGAUUUUUACCUCAGAAAUAGUUUCAUAGAGGGCAACAAACUUUUGUAGUAGUUUCUCUGACUAACACUGUACUUACUCUCAUGAGCCGCUAUGUAGUGGGAUUUUGUUUAACAUUCGAGAUAAUGCCAGCAGAAAUACGCACCCAAUGUAAAAAAUGCUUUCACAAUAUUCAACGAAUGUUCAAUCACUCCAGUAAAAUCCAAAAUAGGCAGCUCUUUAAAAAAAAAAAAAAAAAAAAACAAUUAAAAAAAAAGUCUCUGGAAAAAGAAUGGUAAACAACUAUUUUCUGUCUGUUCUCUGUAUUCAUGGUUCUAGAAAUCUGUUUAUAUAGUGUUCUUUACACUAAUGUAUUUUCCUAUCUAUGGUUGAUAAUAAAUUCUUUCUGCUUCA